AUGGGAGCAGUUGCCUUUACCCCUCCUCUUCGCUCAGCUGAAAAGAGCCUGGCUGAAGCCAAAUUCACAGUCGUUGGAUUCAUGCUUCCCUUCCAGUGUGUCAUUGGCGCGCCUUUGGCGCGACGAGUCGGUCUAUGUUUCGAGCGUUUCCAGAUGCCAUCUUCCGCUCGUAUUGAGUUUCUUCAACGCGGAACAGCGAAAAGAGAAUACAUAUAUCAGGACACUGCUUCUUCGACGAAAGGAUCCCAGAGUAUCCGGUACAGCAUAGAGCAGAUGUGCCUGGGUCGUGUUUCUCCAGGGGCAACCUGGGAACUUCCCACGUACUAUGUAACGCUCGACGACGCUCCCUCUUUGCGGAGAUUCGUUAUGCAAGAAUUCGAACAAAUCGAGUCUGUUCGCGACAUUGUGACACUCACUGGUGAUCUGCCCAACGUUUGGGCUGCCACUUGUCAAGAAUACACGUCAUGGAGGUGGCCACUGAUAUCAGAGUGCGUGUUGGAGCUUAUUGAUACCAUCAUCAAAGGCCCGCACUCCGCUUUGAAGGAGUUUGAUAGGGCCCUGCGAACAAAUCCCGACCACACCUUGCUUACCCCCGGAGCCUCGCGCGUGGAAUUCUAUGUUUUUGGUGGGAGGAGAAUACGCAUUAAUGGACCUCCAGAUCAACGAGUACCCGGUCCAUCCGUGGUGGAGAUCUUGAAGGAUGACGACGAGUUCGUCGUGAGGCUGGCCAAGUCUUCCACAAAUCCGCGUGAGAUCCGACAAGAACUAUUGUCGCGAUUCAACCCAUCAGCGCGGCAUGAGGCAGAUUUGACACCACAACGGAACGCGGGCUGUUGUUGGUACCCCCUUUUUCCAAGGGCUAGGGUCGCCGCCGGUUUCCCUAUCCCUGGAAGGCCUCGGAAAAGGAAGGACUUGACGAUCGCCGUAGGGCUCGAUCUGCAGGGAUUGGAAGUGUCAUUUGCAGUUUUAUCUCACAUCUGCGGCCUCGAGUACUCAGCAUUCCAUGGCGACAACUUCGUGCUGAGAGGCGAGCUCACCGCACUUUAUCCAAUCUAUGCCCAAGGCGGAAGCGUGCAAUGGCACUUGAAAUUUCUUGCCAAAACACGACCUGACAAUCCUGAUAACGUUGCGGAUGACAUGAAAAAUGACAUGAAUGAUGGUAUAUCUGAGUUUGACGUCGAGCCGGAAGAUCAAGGGAUGCCAGUUAGCAUCGUUGCCGUGGAGGAUCUUCCAAAAGCUUCCCGCCACUUUGUCGGUCUUUGGCCUGAAGCGCAGAUUACCCUUGGUACCAGGAAGCACAAGUACUCGAAGAUCCAGUGGUCCAGCAACGAUGAGAAAACUGAAAUCUCGCGGAAAGACGGUACAUCUUUCUCGAUUGGUCUAGGUCUCAAGGGCUUUGGAACGCUUACAGCUUCACGUUCUUUCAAAAUUGGCCGCACAAGGGUAAGCCCUGCGCAGAAACCCAAGUCUUUUAUCGAAAGACUGGUGUCGAGCUCUGAAGAACCUGUUAUUCUUUACAGCUCCAACGAGAAGAAGGCAUGGAUGGUACCAAUGGUUACUGUUCUACUCCAUCUAGCUCACGCUAGAGCGGCUUAUUUGUCGGCCAAAGCCCGCAAGUAUGGUGUUGGCCUGAAAUAUAGGAUUCCUUUUUGUCAGUCUGAGCCAUCCGGUGCAACGUCUGCUCUGAAAACAAUUCUCCAGCAGAAGGAUGCACCUGUCAUCGAGGAGAGGAGCAAACAUUGCAGGAAUAUAUUGAGCAUCUCUGGCUGGCGUUUUCUUUCAGAGAUGAGGAUCGCUCCAGGAAUACCGGUCUCUUUCCACAAAUUCGAGGGCGCGAUUUCAUGA